AAGAAAUUUAAUGUACAUACAUUUUUACAAUCGAAUAGCAAAUAAAAAAUAUAUGUAAAUCCGAAAAAUUGCAAGCUAGUGUGUAAUCAACUACUAACCAUUCAAAAUUUCUUGUAUAACUAAUGAGUGCAAAAGUUGGACCUCUUUCACGCCUAUAUAAUGGUAUAAUUGGAAUGGCAGAUAAAUUCGUACCAGGCCGUUGGCGUCCACUUUGGGAGCAUCCAGCAGGUCCAAAAACGAUAUUUUUCUGGGCGCCAUUGGGUAAAUGGGCUCUCGUCAUCGCUGGACUUGGAGACAUAAAUCGUCCUGCACAUUUACUGUCAAUCAAUCAAUGCGCGGUCUUAGCUACAACUGGCCUAAUUUGGUCCCGUUACUCACUGGUCAUUAUUCCAAAAAAUUGGUCAUUAUUUUCAGUAAAUAUUUUUGUCGCAGCUACUCAAGCAUAUCAAAUUGCACGUGCUUGGCAAUACCAACAAAGUUGGAAAAACAAAACUGAUUAAAAACCAUAUGGAAUUCAGCAAAAUCAGGGACGUCAAUCGAAUAAAAUAUUUGGCUAGUUCCGUUACAAACGGUUUUUUUUGUUUGUUUUUCAAUUGGGGGUUUCGAUUCGGCUACUA